AUGACCCGCAGCCCUAACAUAGACAUAGUGCACUGGCAUGGCGACGACCAGGUCCUCAAGAUCUCGACCGUCCACCGGACUACCGUACAUUUCCCCAUCCUCCGAUCUCCCCAAAGUCGGUCCCGGCGCCAUGAGGCUCGCAUUCCCGAACGAGCCACCACCCCGCACUUUAUGACCCCCACUGGUGCUUUGAGACAUCCCGACACACGUGAAACCCCGCCUCCGCAGCUGCUGCGCGCACGCGACCUCCCCAGGUCUGCAGGCCUGACCCCGAGCGCGUCCCGGCCUGCCGACUCGGCGCAGAGCUCGUGUGGGCCGCUCUACGAUCGUGGAGUUAUCGGACUGAUCGCGUCGACGCGUGCUCGCAUUUUCAACGGCGCGUCUGCUUUGGUACGGGCGUACGUCCGCGUACGUUUCCGGCCAUGGAUAUCGCGCACUGGAGUAGGGUCGGCCGCCUGGUCGACCGUGGCUGAACACUUGUACUCCGAGGUCGGCUUCGCGACGGCCUCCGUGCCCCGCGCAGAGUCCGAGCAAGACGGGCAGCGCACGCCUGCGCCUAUGCACACAUCCUCUGAGCACCGUCUGCUGCUUCCAGUUCAGUGUUCGCCACGGCACAAGUCCUGCUCGAGCCAGUAUUACGAUGAUCCUCUGGUCCUCCACGAAUUCGAAAAGAAAAAUAGACAUGAGCCAACCGCCUCCAAACAGCCAACCAGCCAGCCAAUCCAAUCAGCCAAUCCGCCAAUCAACCAAUUAGCCCUCGAAUGUCUGAUGGCCAACUUCCGACUGCGUUUUUUUUUCGAAGUCGAGGGCUUUUCGAUCCUCGAUCGCCCUCGAUACACAUCUCAAAAUUUGUCUUCCGCGCCGUCGGGCUUGCCAGGGCUCGCGUCGUCGCUUCUUUUCGUUGACCUGCCCCUACUAGCCCCUACUGUAGCAACCCGCAGCCUCCUGCAAAAAAUUAUCGGAGAUUGCCACCAGUCGCCUCACCCUGGUCGCUUCCAGUCGGCUCUCGCUGAUGCCGCCAAGCAGCCGAAUCGGUACCGCCACGCUCUUGCUGAGGACGCCGACGCCGACGCACGAACCCUCCAAGACGAGCGUUGUUUCUUGCAACUUAUCUCCGCACAUCCCCGCACCGACGAGUUGAAUGACUUCUCUGGCAAGACGUCAGAGACUCUUUCGUGGACCGACGUCUACAUCCAUACAUCGCGCGGCCCACAAGCACACACGUCCGAGUCAAGCACAGACACCCGCACAGACGACCCAAAAACUCAAACCGUCUAUCGCAGUCCUCAUUCCGGCCGUCAUCGUGUCAUCGCGCUAGUCCUUCGCGCUGAUCCCGACAUCUUGGCCUUCAAGUGUUGGCCAUGUACACCUUCACUGCUGUCGCCUGCCAGUCCCGAUCGCGGGAUUCUAAAUUGGUAA